AGGGCACCCGGCAGAGGCUCGGGGCGGUCGGGCCGGUGCUCGGGGUCCCGAGCGGGCGGCGAGCGAGCAGCAUCCUCACCGCGCCUCCCGGGCGCCGCUGUCUGCAAGGCGCCCCCCGGGGCCGCGGGCUCGGCUGGACAGGGAGCAAGGGCAGCCGGCCAGGCCAGGGCACGAGAAGCCGGCGCUGAAAAGCCGGUGACCGCCGCGCCCGCCGCAGCCACCAGCGCUGCGGGAACCUCGGGGGGCGCCCAUGACGGCGGCGGCGGCGACCGUGCUGAAGGAGGGCGUGCUGGAGAAGCGCAGCGGCGGGCUGCUGCAGCUGUGGAAGCGGAAACGCUGCGUGCUCACCGAGCGCGGGCUGCAGCUCUUCGAGGCCAAGGGCACGGGCGGCCGGCCCAAGGAGCUCAGCUUCGCCCGCAUCAAAGCCGUGGAGUGCGUGGAGAGCACCGGGCGCCACAUCUACUUCACGCUGGUGACCGAGGGCGGGGGUGAGAUCGACUUCCGCUGCCCCCUCGAAGACCCCGGCUGGAACGCUCAGAUCACCCUGGGCCUGGUCAAGUUCAAGAAUCAACAGGCCAUCCAGACUGUGCGGGCCCGGCAGAGUCUUGGGACUGGGACCCUCGUGUCCUAAACCACGAAGUAUACCAUUUUAUCGACAUGCCCCCCUCCCCAGCUCCGUGCCCAGAGGACAUGUCAGUGGAAGCUUUUGUCCCUCAGGACCCGACUGCACCUCACCUAGAACCUCAUCCACCUCCCCUUCCUCCUUGUACCAGCAAGCAGAGUUCAGCUUCUCUGCCCACUUUGGUUGGUUGGGGCCUGACUACAUGUGACGUGGCAGAAGCUAUUAGCAUGUGGAAGAAGCAUAUCAUCACAGAAGGAGCCAACCGGCCAGGGGCGGAGAGCCGAUGAGGGGCUGAGGAUGAAGAUUCAGUUCCUGGACACUGAGACUGUUAUACCCGGCGCAGGCCUUCCAGCCGCAGGCCUGGCCUCAUGUAUCAUGG